AUGAUAUCCAAUUCCAAUACUUUUCUCUGCCUCGGCUACAUUUGUAGUCUAGCCCUAUGUGUUAGCUGCUAUGGCUAUAAGCCACCAUUUCGUGGUUACCAAUAUAACAAGCCCGCACGGUUGCCGCCUCUGCAAACCAAUAGCUCCUCAACAGCGGCCGGCAUGCAAUCGGAUUACAUUGAGGAUCUAAUCGAAGAACAAAAGCAACAAAUCUUGUCAAAUGUGCUGGGCGGAGCCGCUGCCUCCGCUUCUACUUCGCCAGAAGAGGCAGACCUGUCGCCAUUUGACAGCGAUGCAAAGGCCUUCCGCGUCAACCGUUGCGCCAGCUGUUCCUGCGGCGUACCAAACGCCAAUCGCAUUGUGGGCGGCACUCAGGUGCGCUCGAACAAGUAUCCGUGGAUAGCUCAGAUGAUACGCGGCUCGUUUCUCUUUUGUGGCGGCACUUUGAUCAACGAUCGCUACGUGCUGACCGCCGCACAUUGCGUCCAUGACAUGGACAUGUCUGCGGUGUCGGUGCGUCUGCUGCAGCUGGAUCGCAGUUCCACGCAUACGGGAAUAACCCGAGCCGUUUCAUUUGCUCAUGCCCAUGCGGGCUAUGAUCCUGUCAGUCUGGUGCAUGAUAUUGCCCUGCUGCACCUGGAUCAGCCCGUGCCACUGGUGCAGUUCAUGAGACCAGUUUGCCUGCCUAGCAGUCGGUUGCAGCAGUUCGAUUACCAGAAGGCCAUUGUGGCGGGCUGGGGACUUAGCUACGAGGGCGGCACCACUUCCAGUGUGCUGCAGGAGACCAUUGUGCCCAUCAUCACCAAUGCUCAGUGCAGGGCCACAUCCUACAAGUCAAUGAUUGUGGACACGAUGCUGUGUGCGGGCUAUGUGCAAACAGGCGGCCAGGAUGCCUGUCAGGGUGAUAGCGGUGGUCCGCUUAUUGUGCCGGAUCGCAUCUUCCGUCUCGCUGGCGUUGUUUCCUUCGGCUAUGGCUGUGCCAAACCAAACGCGCCUGGCGUCUACACAAGAGUCAGCAGAUACUUAAACUGGAUUGCUGCCAAUACCCGCGACUCCUGCUAUUGCAAUAAAUAA